AUGACUUUCCUCGUGGGCCGGCUACUGUCAUAUGCUAUCACAGCCACCGCUGGCAGUGGCUUCUUGCUCUUUGGUUAUGACCAGGGUGUGAUGUCCAGUCUGUUGACUGGAGAUGCAUUUGUUGCCACCUUCCCUGAAAUUGAUACCACCAGUGGAGGACAUGGAAGUUCUUCUUUACAGGGAACAGUUGUCGCCAUCUAUGAAAUCGGGUGUUUCUUGGGUGCAAUUAUCUCUUUAUGCUUCGGUGAACAACUCGGUCGACGCAAGUGUAUCCUGGCUGGAUGUGUAGUGCUUGCCAUCGGUGCUGCGCUCCAGGCCAGUGCCUACAGCAUCCCUCAUAUGAUUGUUGGUCGCAUCGUUGCCGGUGUUGGAAAUGGUCUUAAUACCAGUACUAUUCCCGUUUGGCAUUCAGAACUAAGCAAAGCGGCAAGCCGAGGCAAAGGACUGGCCAUUGAACUAGCUAUUAACAUCUUUGGUGUUAUGCUCUCAUACUGGGUUGACUAUGGAAUGAGUUAUGUCAACAAUGAAGCCCAGUUCCGCUUCCCCCUUGCUCUUCAAAUUCUGUUCGCCAUGCUCACCUUCAUUGGUGUGCUUUGCCUCCCCGAAUCUCCUCGUUGGCUCAUCAAACACGGCCAAGAAAACAAGGCUCGCCAGAUUAUUUGGUCCCUCCAACACAACGCUCGAGAAAUUGAAGUGGAUGAUCCAGUAGUGAAUGUCGAUGUCACAGAAAUUACUCGCGCAGUUGAAGAGGAAGAGGAAGCAGCUUCAGGGGGAUCCUUCAAACUUCUCUUCCAAAACAACAAGCAGCGCUUCUUGUACAGAACCCUGCUCGGAAUGGGAGGACAAAUGAUGCAGCAGAUCUCGGGUAUCAACUUAAUCACUUACUACGCAACUGUUAUCUUCGAACAGUCGGUUGGAAUGUCUCACCAUACUGCGUUACUCUUGGCUGGUUUCAACGGAAUCGCCUACUUCUUUUCUUCCCUGGUUCCUAUCUGGACGAUUGAGCGACUCGGUCGCCGCAAGCUCAUGAUGUUUGCUGUUAUUGGACAAGGAUGCUGCAUGGCUAUUCUGGCGGGUACCGUCUGGAAUGGUGGACAUGCUGCCGGUCUGGUUGCAACUGUCAUGCUAUUCCUGUUCAACUUUUUCUUCGGUGUAGGCCUUCUCGCUAUUCCUUGGCUAUUGCCCGCAGAAUAUUCCCCGUUGGCAAUUCGAACUCGUUCGGCUGCUAUGGCUACUGCUACAAAUUGGAUCUGCACAUUCCUCGUUGUGGAGAUCACACCAGUCAGCAUUGCCAACAUUGGCUAUAAGACUUACAUUUACUUUGCCGUCUUCAACUUCUGCUUCUUGCCGCUCAUCUUCUUCUUCUACCCGGAGACACGCAAUCUCACUUUGGAGCAAAUCGACCGCCUAUUCACAGGCGAAAAGGUUCAGCUUUACUGGGAUUCGUCCAUGGGUAUUGCAGGAGACGUUGACACUCGCGUCGGCAAUGCCACGACAAAGGAUCUUGAGAAUGUUCAAGCUCAGCAUAUUGAGUAG